UGAAGUAAAAUACUUAUUGGAUCAUGGAGUUGAUCCAAAUAAAUUCCUCGCUCACGGAGUAUGUUAUACUAGGAUAUUUGACACUCAUCAGGAGGCUUUGAGCCCGUUUGGCGAAGCGAUUGGUUUAAGCCAAACUGGGAGCUUGUCUUUGGUAGAGCUAUUCUUGAAUGCUAGCAAUCACAGCUUUCCUUGUAGCUAUUUGUACAAGAAACAUUCAGAUGGUGGAAUUAUUCAUGCGGAAUGGUGCUAUUAUCAAUCCAACCAUGACCAGCCCUAUAAAACGUACGCCGUUGCAGCAGGCGGCUCAGAUUGGAUGCUUUGAGAUGGUAGAGUUGCUGCAUAACUUUGGCGCCGACAUUAAUGCACCGCCGGCCGUCAAUGGCGGCGCGACUGCCCUCCAACUGGCUGCAAUCGGUGGCUAUAACCGUAUAGUCUGCUAUUUGCUCAGUCACAAAGCCAAAGUCGAUGCUCCGGCGGCUAUGAUGAACGGGAUAACAGCUCUCGAAGGAGCUGCCUUUAAUGGGAGGACGGAUACAGUACAUAUACUCUUAAAGGCGGGCGCGGCGUCGUACGGUAAAGACCACUCGCAGCUCGAGAAAGCAAUGGAAAUGGCACGCAAGCAGGGCCAUUUCCCGACAGCCGAUUUAAUCCAAGACUGGCCGAAUCUACAAGACGAUGGAGAGCUACGAAUGCUUGAUGAUAUGGAGGAUGAUAUCGGAGAUAAUGAAAUAGACGAAUUCAUUAAUUGGGACGGAUAAUGCUGUGCCUAGGUAGGUACCUAGAUAAACAUCUGGAAAGGCUAUCGUGUUGAAAGUUGCUGGAGUGUUGACGAUGAUUUUGUUGGUUCCGGCGUACAAUGGGUUUUAGUUGGUGGAUUCUUCAAAAACGCAGCGGAGAACUUUUGCUAAAUAUUCUGUAUCUCAAUAUUUUUUACAUUCAAUCCUUAAGACCAUUCAUCUCCCGUUUCCAUGA